UGCUUGUAGGAAAGCGAGGAAACAAAAGGUUUCCGAGGUCAAUCGCACAGCUGUUCCCUAGCUUCAGCUGAUCUUUGUUGUUGAGUGCGUUGAGUGCGCUAGCGCUGGCCGAUCUAUAGCCGAGCAUCGCGAACCUCGGCCAUCAGGGCCAUCGCACCACCUACGCCGCAGCGCACAUCGAAAAACAAUCGCGAUGCGUUCGCCGUCGAUACUCGAAUAGCGUCGACGUACGCCAUUGAGAGACGCUCCACACAUUUUGGGGCUUUGUACAUUCGUGACGUAAUAAACGCAUUUUUGUUUUCCUCGUCGCGACUUGCCAUCGCACUGGCGCAACUCGCGUCUCCUGUCGCACACGCACACACGCGCGUUUGUUUUAUUUUUAUUUCUUUCUUCCGUUGUUUACGCCGUGUGCAAUAUCGCACAAUUGGUGCGCAAAGUGCGGUUCAAAAAUAAUUCUGGCCUCUGCUGGAUUUUACGAGGGGGGCGAAGGUGGUUCUCCGCCUCGCAAGAAGUCCCGCAUAGACAGUAGCAGUUCCGCGCACGAUUCGUCUCCUGCCAGCGCCGAGCGCGCCGCCCGCGAGGAGACAAUGACGAGCAACGGCUGUGUGCAAAACGGGGCCUCCACCAGCAAUGGCUCCUCGGAGAACGGACAUCGUCAUGAGUCCAUUGACAAGAGUAACAGCACUUCCUCAUCCAACAGUGGCAGUGCUCUGACACUCAGCCAAACAAAUCAGGAUAUUAUUAGACUGAUUGGGCAAUAUUUGAAGAAUGAGGGGCUCAGUCACACAGCUGAUUCUCUGAUGGCUGAGUCUGGCUGUCGAUUGGAUCAUCCAGCUGCAGCUGAGUUCAGGAAACACAUCAUGGAUGGAGACUGGAGUAAGGCUGAUCAUGACUUGCAGGAACUGAAAGGCUUGCUAGGACAAUCACACAAUAUGGUUGAAAUGAAAUUUCUACUCCUGGAACAAAAAUAUCUCGAAUAUUUAGAGGACGGCAGAGUGCUUGAUGCGCUCCACGUUCUCCGGAACGAGUUAACGCCUUUACAACAUAAUACCGCACGUGUUCAUCAACUCUCAAGUUUCAUGAUGUGUUCCAAUACAGAAGAACUAUUAGCUAGAACAAACUGGGAAGGGAAAGGUGAAAAGUCGCGCAAUACCCUGAUGGAUAAACUGCAAACUUUUUUGCCCGCAAAUAUAAUGCUACCACCAUCGCGCCUCCACGUUCUGCUCAAUCAGGCGCUUGAACUGCAAACGCUGCGCUGCCAACAUCAUAACACCACACAAGGCCCUGCAUUGCAUAACUGCACGUUGCUCUUGGACCAUUCGUGCUCGAAGGACUCGUUCCCAACGCACACCGUCCAAAUUCUCAAUGAUCAUUGCGACGAGGUGUGGUUCUGUCAGUUUUCGCCGGAUGGCAAUCACUUAGCUACUGGGUCGAAGGACACUAAUGUUUUUAUCUGGGACGUACAUCCAGACACGUGCAGCCUUACGCUCAAGAGCACUCUGGACGGACACACUUACGGCGCGGCGUUCCUUUCAUGGAGCCCCGACUCGAAAUAUCUAUUGGUGUGCGGAUCAGAAGAGAGUCCCGAUGUGUGGUUGUGGAACACCGAGAGUGAGAAACCGUUAAAGGUGACACAGUCGCAGGAAGACGUGCUUACUUGCUGCGCAUGGCAUAAAGAUGGCAAUAAAUUUGUGGUUGGCGGAAUUCGCGGCCAUUUUUACCAGUGCGAUCUCGAGGGGAACGUGCUCGACACGAUGGAAUGCGUAAGAGUGAACGGUUUGUGGUGUAGAAACGAUGGUAAGACGGUUUUAGCGUCCGACACACAUCAUAGGAUUAGGAGUUAUGUUUUAGAGGAGCCAAGCGAUCAGCAUAUUUUACAAGAAGACCAUCCAAUAAUGACGUUCACCGUGGACAAGAACGAUCGCUUGGCGCUGGUGAACGUCGCCACACAAGGUGUUCAUCUCUGGGAUCUCAAAGAUAAGUGUCUCGUGCGUCGUUUCCAGGGCGUUACGCAAGGCCACUUUACGAUCUAUUCGACGUUUGGCGGCGCUAAUCAAGACUUUAUCGCCAGCGGUAGCGAAGAUAAUCAGGUGUACAUUUGGCACAUAAGACAUGAGUUGCCGCUGGCGACGCUCAGCGGGCACACGCGCACCGUGAACUGCGUCGCCUGGAACCCCGUGUAUCCGCACAUGCUGGUCUCGGUGUCCGACGAUUGCACAAUUCGCGUGUGGGGGCCGAAGGAGUACGUGCCGAAGUCAUCAUCAGGUAAUAACGUUGUUCAAACACCCUCCUCGGUAUACCGCGGCAACGCGCCGGAGCGCAAGCGGCCGAAGCGGCGCCGCGGCAAUCGACGCCCGUUGUCAUGAUACGUUCGGAUUUACUACUACAAUAGCUAUACGUACAUACGCUGCGAUUAACGUCACGAAUACGAUACAUUGUGAUAUACUCACCUCCCGCAUUUCCAAACCGAACCAACAACUAAUCAUAUUCAGUUUGUGGCAUUUGGGCUGGGAGAAAUCGAUUUGCGCAAAUCGAUUUGGUUGAAAAAAUACAUAAACACGCUAACGUUGAAAUUAAUGCUUUGUCAACGGCGAUGCAGCGAGAGGGCAACAAACAAAACAAAAAAUCUGCUAAUCGCAAGCGACAUGCGACAGAAAUUUUUUUUAUAUACUUAAAAUAUUAUACUCUACACACGAAUUGUAGUUUCGACUAAUGUACCUAAGUUUAUAUUGUAAUCGUCUAUUUUGUAAUAAUGGAUUACGUAUGUACUUCUGACAUAAACACACCGAAAGCUAGACCAAAUGCCGUUCUGUUUCCAGUGUCUUCGUCGUCGAGCAGCAAUUCAUCGAAUAACGACAAUUCGAACAAUUGGAACGAAAUGUUAUCGUAGUGUGAACCGAGCGAGCGAAUCGUGUUUGUGCGCCGAGCAAACACUGAUCACUGGCAUACAUAUAAUAUAGACUGAAAAGUUACGAAUAUGCGGAUUACAUUCAUAUAUCUAUUGACAUCUUGAUACCUUAACAUUCGUGUCAAUGCUAACGCAGUCUUGAAAUGAUUUGAUUUUUGAUUUAACGAUUUACGCGCGGACCGUUUCUACUUGGGUUUGUCACAAAUUCAAUGUUUUAUUACUAAUGAUUUGAUUUACGAUUUUUUGCCGAGUCCAAGUGGUAAAUUUUUGCUAUUGUUAUAACCGUAAUGCCGUUUUUAUACCAUGAUAUCACCGUUUUGUCACCGCCUUCUUGACACGCAAAGUGCCCGUACUCACAUUUCUCGAUCCAGUCUGAUUUUUAUUAACAACCAUGUAUGCACUUUACGUGUUAAGUUUUAGGAUCAUCUCUCCACCUUCAGCUUGUUGGAGCAAUAGCAACAAAUUGACUUGUAUAGGGCUAACUUUCAAGUAGAAUAUGGAUCGCAUGCAAAAGUGCUGUGUGUGUGUGUAUGUCUAGCUGUAAGCACUAGUCCUAAUCGAGUUCGUCAGCUAAUCCGGCGGUCAGUUUUGUUCAUUUUUAUUUUUGCAACUUGUUCAUUCACUCGAACGCGCGAACGAAUCAAAGCCAGCUUAAGUUAGUCGUGCGUAAGUAUAUCUAGUAACGAUUGAUUGAUUUACGUACAAGUUGGUGUGUUAGUUGUAUAAAACAAGUAAAACUUAAGGCAACAAAUAGAUAGACGACUAACGAUAAGCAUAUUACCUACAUCAAGAAAUUUGUUUGAAUACUAAGGUACCGAUCUAAUAACGAUUCGUCUGCAAUACAUAUUGUAGUUAAUGUUACGGAAGAAUUAUUGUAUCAUGGGUUGUCGUUUCUAUUUAUUUGGACGAAUAUAUUAUGUAUCUAUAACUCGUUAAUUAAGCGAUUACAUAUAAAUUUCAUAAUACUUAUCGAUUGCAAUUACAUACUAUUUAAAUAUAUGAUAUAUAGAUAUUUAAUAAUAUUUUUAAUAUUUAAAGAAACAUGUGGAAAUAAAAGAAUCCUACGGUUAGAUGAGAA